UGACAUGGAUUUAAGAAUACUUGACUGUGAUGCUCAUUUCGGCGGAACUGCUCACGAUGCAUCAGUUUGGAGAGCAAGUGCUUUGAAGGUUUUUCUUGACAAUAUGUACUCCAAUGGAGAACGAAAUUUUUGGCUUUUAGGCGACAGUGGAUAUCCUCAAUUACCUUAUUUAAUGACUCCUAUUCCGGGAAACAAUCUCUCAGAUUCUGAACAUAAUUACAACAGACAUCACCGGAAAGCAAGAAACUGUGUAGAACGCUGCUUUGGAGUGCUGAAAUCUAGAUUUCGAUGCCUGUCAAAAUAUAGAGUGCUUAUGUAUGACCCAGUUUUAGCCGGUAAAAUUAUAAAUGCUUGUAUAAUUUUGCACAAUAUCAUGAUAUUAAAUAAUAUAAGGUAUGAAAUUGAGGAUGAUGAUAACAUAAGUUUUGAUGAAGAGUUUAAUUUAGUUGAUGAAAUAACUAGUACUCAUCAUGGUAUUGCUGCAAGACAACAAAUUGUAAAUAACUAUUUUAAUUACUGAGAUU